AAUGAAAAAUGCAUGAUUAUAAGAAAAUAGCAAAAAAAAUUGGGAAGGGAGUUCCUUAUUUAUCUCAAAAUCAAUAUUUUCUAACCCCAUAAUCAUCUUCCUAUUCUUAGCUCUAAAUGAUUCUCACAGAAAAACAUAGUUCCAAUUUCCAGUCAUCAUUUCGUUGGCCAUAAUCAUGAUUACUCAACACAAUCGUCGUAUCAAUUCAUCCCAACUAAAUCUAUACAUCACCACCACCAUCAUCUCAAUAUCUCUCCGAUCACCGGCUCGUUUCUUCCUAGAGCCGGAGGAUUCGUAUCUCAUUUUCCGGCUAACAAAUUACAAACAUGCUCUCAAUUCGUCUCCUCCCCCUUCUUCUCCUUUUCUCUCCAUCUCUUUCUUUAACAGACAAUGAUGCAUUACUCAAACUCAAGAAAUCCUUCACCGGUAACACAAAUGCUCUUAUCACAUGGAAACCCAACACCAAUCCUUGUCUAACCAAAUGGACAGGAGUCAUGUGUCAACAAAAUGUCAUCAAUGGUUUACUUCUACCCGGUAUAGGUCUCUCAGGGACUAUUGACAUUGAUGCUCUCCUUCAACUAACUGGUCUCCGGCGACUCAGUUUAACUGAAAACUCAUUCUCCGGUCCGAUACCUGAUUUCAAUCGGUUAGGAUCUCUCAAAGCUUUACUCCUCACGAGAAACAAAUUCUCCGGUGAAAUCCCGCCGGAUUAUUUCAAAAAAAUGGGUUCUUUAAAGAAAGUUUGGUUAUCCGGGAAUAAUUUCUCAGGGAAAAUACCUGAUUCAUUGGGACAAAUACCAACCUUAAUGGAACUUCAUCUUGAAAACAAUCAUUUCUCUGGACCAAUUCCACCUCUUCCUCAAGCAUCCUUAUUGCAACUCAAUGUUUCAUAUAAUUCCUUAACCGGACCAAUCCCCGACAACUUGUCGAAGUUCCCGUUGCAAUCAUACGAGGGAAAUCUUAAUCUUUGUGGAAACCCACUUACCCAAGUUUGCUCUCCGGAUGCCGUGAUUCCCCAAUCAGCAGAUCCCACGGUGGGAACACCCUCCCGGAGUUGGAAAAUCAUAGUUUGGUUUUUAGGGUUAGUAUUUGUUAUUUUGGCUAUAGUAAUAAUUGUUAACGGAGCAACCAAACCUAAAAAUGAAUUCAAACAAUUACCAAAGGAUAAUGUGAAAGAUAAAACUGAGGUUCGUGUACAUAGUUCGACUAAAAAAGGGGCCAUGGGCCCGACUCUUUCUAGUCGAAAAGGAAGUACACGAAAAGGGUCUCAAAAAGGACCUAUUGAUCUUGUGAUCGUGAACGAAUCCAAGGGGAUAUUUGGUUUGGCUGAUUUAAUGAAAGCCUCCGCCGAAGUUCUUGGUGGUGGAGGCUUAGGGUCGACGUAUAAAGCCGUGAUGUCUAAUGGGGUGUCGGUUGUGGUGAAGAGGAUACGGGAAAUGAAUAAAUUUACUCGUGACGCGUUUGAUAUUGAGAUUAGGAGACUCGUCGCGGUUAAACAUCCGAAUCUUCUUCCUAUAUUGUCUUACCAUUAUAGGAAGGAUGAGAAAUUAUUUGUGACCGAGUACAUGGCUAGAGGCAACCUUUUGUACCUAUUACAUGGGGACCGUGGGGCGUCGCAUGCGGGGCUUACAUGGCCGGUGCGUCUAAACAUCAUUAAAGGUAUUGCGUCGGGGAUGAAACAUUUGCACGGAGAAUUCUCCUCGAGCGAGUUACCACAUGGGAAUCUAAAAUCGAGUAACGUUGUCAUCGACCAAUCAUUCGAGCCACUUCUAACCGAUUAUGCAAUGUACCCUUUAAUGAAUAACAACAACCAAGCGUUUCAAUCCAUGUUUGCAUGGAAAUCGCCCGAGGCGAUUCUUCAUCAACAAGUUUCACAAAAGAGCGACGUAUACUGUUUUGGGAUCGUAAUUCUAGAGAUUGUGUCGGGAAAAUUUCCUUCGCAAUACUUGAGUAAUCAAAAGGGUGGGAUUGACGUUGUUCAAUGGGCGCGAUCGGCCGAGGCGGAUAAGAAGGAAAAAGAGCUUAUCGAUCCCGAGUUGGCGAAUGAUGUGAAUUGUCCGAUUGAGCAGAUAGUGAAGGUGAUUAGGAUUGGAACGAACUGCGUAGAGAACGAACAUGCAAAAAGAAUCGAUAUGAAGGAAGUUUUGAGAAGGAUACAAGAAGUUUGAGAAUGAAAGUAGCCAUGGAAGAGUUCUUUAGGGAAGAUAGAGAGAUUAAUGUA